AUGCCAGCCCGUAGCAUGGACUGUGAUGUCUCCACUCUGGUUGCCUGUGGGGUUGAUGUGGAGAUUUUUGCCAACCAAGAGGUUAAGGAAAAAUUUGAAGGCUUGUUCCGUGCCUAUGAUGACUGUGUGACAUUCCAGCUGUUUAAAAGCUUCAGGCGUGUGCGGAUAAAUUUUAGUAGUCCCAAAUCAGCUGCUCGUGCCAGAAUAGAGCUGCAUGAAACACAGUUCAGAGGGAAGAAGUUAAAGUUGUAUUUUGCACAGAUUCAGACCUCUGAGACAGAUGGAGACAAGCUUCAUUUGGCACCACCACAGCCUGCAAAACAGUUUCUCAUCUCACCUCCAGCCUCCCCACCUGUAGGGUGGCAACCGAUAGAUGAUGCAACACCCGUCAUCAACUACGAUCUCCUUUAUGCAGUUUCUAAGCUAGGACCAGGAGAGAAAUACGAGCUGCACGCCGGAACAGAGUCCACUCCCAGCGUGGUAGUGCACGUGUGCGACAGCGACAUGGAAGAAGAUGAGGACCCAAAGAAUUCUCCAAAGCCAAAAAUCAUUCAAACUCGACGCCCUGGUCUGCCACCUCCUGUAUCUAACUGA